AUGAAUUAAACAUAUACAUAUAAGGUAAUUUUGGUAGGAGAUAGUAAAGUUGGAAAGACAAGCUUUUUUAUUCGAAUAAUUAAAAAUGUUGCUCCGCGACAACCUUAACCAACAAUCGGGGUUGAAUUUGCAUAAAAAUAGAUUAUUUUUAAAGACUCAAUGAUUAAUUUAAAAAUUUGGGAUACAGGUAUAAAAUAUAUGAUUUAGCUGGAUCCGAGAAAUAUAAGUCCUUAACUUCAAAGUAUUAAUUAUACUAUUUAGUCAUUUUCAUUAAUCAUAAGGAGCAUUAUUGUUUUAUGAUCUUACAGAUUUAUAUACUUAUGAAAACUUAUAAUAUUGGUUGAAAGGUAAUUCUAGUUGAUAAAUGAAGAUAUAUAUAACAAUGCCGAUGAUAGAAUUGUGAUAAUAAUAGUAGGAAAUAAAUUAGACUUAAUUCAUGAAGGAUAGGAAGUCAGAUGCAUAUCAUAAGAAAAGGUUUAGCAAUUUUGUAAAGCUAAGAAUCUGUUCUAUUGUGAAAUAUCAACAAAAACAGGAGAAGGAAUAAAUUAAUUGAUUGAUUUGCUUGCAAUAAAUUUAUAAGCUAGAAAAAUAUAAUAAGAUGUCUAAUAAUAAAGGCCAAGAUAAAAUUGUUGCGGUUGA